AAUACCACUCCAACGGACAGCAGUAAAUUAAAAAAUGAAUGCAACAUCCUGCCCCCCCCCCCCUCCCCCAUUUUAAGGCAAAUUGGAGUGGUUUGUGACUGAAAAAUUAUAACAUGAAGUUGUCUUGAUUACCUAGUCACUGUAGACUCCAAAAAGAGCAAGUUUUGGAUUAUGGGGAAUAAGGAUAGAUGGGGUAAUACUAUCAUAUUUAUUCUGGUUGUUGCAUGUGAAUCCUCUUGCCAUAGUAUCUAAUAUGAAGACUGAGAGCAUCGGAUGCUGCUGGAAAGGCUUAGAAGACCCUAACCACUCAGCGCUGCCACAGCACACAUCCAAGCAGUGUUCCCCCCAGUCAAAGUAGUCCCCCUGCAUUUUAAAUACACAUGCAUUCUGCAGUUUGAAAACGCGGUGUUUUUUUUUCUUUCCCGUUUCCCCCCCUCUCUUUCAGUUUUGAUCCAAAGAUAGAAAUCUUAGCAAGAAGAACACCCGGGAAGCUUUUUGCAGGAAGACAAGAAGGUGCAAUACGAGAGAUGCAGCAGGGAGCCUUUGGCAGGUGGCAGUGACGCACAGAAGUUACUUUGCCUUCGGAAAGAAAAAAGCCCUGUCUGCUGUUUAUGUAGGUGUAUUUUUGUUAUCUCCCUUCUCCCCCAAGAAGUUGCCGGGGCCGCGCAGCAGCGGGGAAGCGGCGGCUGCUCGCCCUGGGCGGCAGCAGAUUAUGGUGGCAGCGCAGCAGUAGGAGCGGCGGCGGCAGCACUAGCAGCCCCGAGCUGCGAAUGCGUUCUGCAUUUACGAUCGCCGCUGGAAAGUGCCACCUGAAGAUUCGGCAGCUGGGCAAGGACCGCUAACGUUUUAAAGGGGAAAACCCCGACGGGGAAGGAGUUAAGGGGAGGAGGGGGCAGCGCUAGGUUUUGUGCGUGCUUGUGGGGAGAGGGGAUUGGUUAUCAUGGCGGAUCGGACAGCUCCUAGAUGCCAGCUCCGUCUGGAGUGGGUUUACGGGUACAGGGGUCACCAGUGCCGCAACAACCUGUACUACACGGCGGGCAAAGAGGUGGUCUACUUCGUGGCUGGAGUCGGCGUGGUUUAUAACACCAGAGAGCACAGCCAGAAAUUCUUCCUAGGGCACAACGACGAUAUUAUCAGCCUUGCAGUUCACCCAGAUAAAACUUUAGUAGCUACAGGGCAGGUUGGAAAGGACCCUUACAUCUGCAUCUGGGAUUCCUACCGUGUACAGACUGUUUCUGUUCUUAAGGAUGCGCACACACAUGGAGUUGCCUGCUUAGCUUUUGAUUCAGAUGGCCAGCGUUUAGCUUCAGUGGGUCUGGAUGCCAAAAAUACCGUGUGUAUUUGGGACUGGAAGAGAGGAAAACUACUGGCAACAGCUACAGGCCAUUCAGACAGGAUAUUCGAUAUUUCCUGGGAUCAAUAUCAACCGAAUAGAAUUGUCAGCUGUGGAGUAAAACACAUAAAGUUUUGGACACUGUGUGGAAAUGCACUGACAGCAAAAAGAGGAAUAUUUGGUAAAACAGGGGAUCUGCAAACUAUCCUUUGUUUAGCAUGUGCAAAAGAAGAUAUCACGUACUCUGGUGCUUUAAAUGGAGACAUCUAUGUUUGGAAAGGGCUAAACUUGGUUCGCACGAUUCAAGGAGCGCAUAGCGCUGGAAUUUUUAGUAUGUAUGCUUGUGAGGAAGGUUUUGCGACUGGAGGGAGAGAUGGUUGCAUUCGGUUAUGGGACACUGAUUUCAAACCAAUUACUAAAAUUGAUCUCAGGGAAACUGAACAAGGAUACAAAGGUUUGUCCAUCCGAAGUGUCUGUUGGAAAGCAGACAGACUUCUAGCAGGGACACAGGACAGUGAAAUAUUUGAGGUGUUAGUAAGAGAGAGAGAUAAACCCAUGCUGAUUAUGCAGGGACAUUGUGAGGGAGAGCUCUGGGCCUUGGCAGUCCAUCCAAAGAAGCCGUUAGCAGUCACAGGCAGUGAUGAUCGAUCUGUACGAUUAUGGAGCCUUGCUGACCAUGCCUUGAUAGCUCGUUGCAAUAUGGAGGAAGCAGUGCGGAGUGUUUCUUUCAGUCCUGAUGGAUCACAGUUAGCACUUGGAAUGAAAGAUGGCUCCUUCAUUGUUCUUAGAGUAAGAGACAUGACAGAGGUAGUUCAUAUUAAAGACCGAAAAGAAGUAAUCCAUGAAAUGAAAUUUUCACCAGAUGGCUCUUACCUUGCUGUGGGUUCUAACGAUGGUCCAGUGGAUAUCUAUGCAGUUGCUCAGCGAUACAAAAAAAUAGGAGAAUGCAACAAAUCUUCUAGUUUUAUCACUCAUAUUGACUGGUCUGUGGAUAGUAAAUUCUUGCAAACCAACGAUGGUGCAGGAGAGAGACUGUUCUACAAGAUGCCUUCUGGGAAGCAUCUAACUAGCAAAGAUGAGAUCAAAGGAAUUCAUUGGGCCUCAUGGACCUGUGUGAUGGGAUCUGAAGUAAAUGGUAUUUGGCCAAAAUAUACAAACAUUACAGAUGUCAACUCUGUGGAUGGAAACUACAAUAGCUCAGUAUUAGUGACUGGAGAUGAUUUUGGACUGGUUAAGUUGUUCAGAUUUCCAUGCCUAAAGAAAGGAGCUAAAUCUAGAAAAUAUGUUGGCCAUUCAGCACAUGUAACCAAUGUCCGAUGGUCCCAUGACUUUCAGUGGGUUUUAAGUACAGGAGGUGCUGAUCACUCUGUCUUUCAGUGGCGAUUUAUUCCUGAAGGGAUAACAAAUGGCAUCCUCGAAACAGCUCCACAAGAGGGUGGCAUUGAUUCCUACAGUGAAGAAUCAGAUUCGGAUUUAUCUGAUGUGCCAGAGUUAGAUUCUGACAUUGAACAGGAAGCUCAAAUCAACUAUGAUCGCCAGGUUUACAAAGAAGAUCUACCUCAGCUGAAACAACAAAGUAAAGAGAAAAACCAUUCUGUGCCCUUCCUUAAAAGAGAGCGAGCACCUGAGGACAGUUUAAAAUUGCAGUUUAUACAUGGUUAUAGGGGCUAUGACUGUCGAAAUAACUUGUUCUACACACAGACUGGAGAAGUAGUGUAUCAUAUUGCUGCUGUAGCUGUUGUAUAUAAUAGACAACAACACACUCAAAGGCUGUAUCUUGGUCAUGAUGACGACAUCCUCAGCCUAUGCAUUCACCCAGUGAAAGACUAUGUUGCUACUGGACAGGUUGGGAGAGAUGCUGCUAUUCAUGUUUGGGACACACAGACACUGAAGUGUUUAUCGUUGCUCAAAGGCCAGCAUCAAAGAGGAGUUUGUGCGCUGGAUUUUUCAGCUGAUGGAAAAUGUUUGGCAUCCGUUGGGCUUGAUGAUAAUCAUGCCAUUGUGUUUUGGGACUGGAAAAAAGGAGAAAAGCUAGCAACAACCAGGGGUCAUAAAGAUAAAAUAUUUGUAGUGAAGUGUAAUCCACAUCAUGCAGACAAACUAGUCACGGUUGGGAUGAAGCACAUCAAAUUUUGGCAGCAAACAGGUGGAGGCUUUACAUCGAAACGAGGAACAUUUGGAAGUACUGGAAAAUUGGAAACUAUGAUGAGCGUUUCAUAUGGGCGAAUAGAAGAUUUAGUUUUCUCUGGUGCUGCUACUGGAGACAUUUUCAUCUGGAAGGAUACGCUGUUGCUUAAGACAGUGAAAGCUCAUGAUGGGCCUGUAUUUGCAAUGCAUGCAUUGGAUAAGGGGUUUGUAACUGGUGGAAAAGAUGGAAUUGUGGCACUUUGGGAUGAUAUGUUUGAAAGAUGUCUGAAGACGUAUGCUAUUAAAAGAACAGCGCUAUCUGCUAGUUCCAAAGGUUUACUUUUAGAAGACAAUCCCUCUAUUCGAGCCAUCAGUCUAGGACAUGGACAUAUACUAGUGGGAACUAAAAAUGGAGAGAUACUUGAAAUUGAUAAAAGUGGUCCUAUGACUCUACUGGUUCAGGGACAUAUGGAAGGAGAAGUGUGGGGCUUGGCAGCUCAUCCUCUCUUGCCUGUCUGUGCAACAGUGAGUGAUGAUAAAACACUUCGAAUCUGGGAACUUUCUUCCCAACACCGCAUGCUGGCAGUGAGGAAACUCAAAAAAGGUGGACGAUGCUGUGCCUUUUCUCCUGAUGGGAAAGCCUUGGCAGUAGGAUUGAAUGAUGGGAGUUUUCUGGUGGUAAAUGCUGACACUGUUGAAGAUAUGGUAUCUUUUCACCACAGAAAGGAAAUGAUCUCAGAUAUAAAGUUUUCACGAGAAUCAGGAAAAUACCUGGCUGUGGCUUCCCAUGAUAAUUUUGUGGAUAUUUACAAUGUGCUUACCAGCAAAAGAGUUGGCAUUUGUAAAGGUGCAUCUAGCUAUAUCACACACAUUGACUGGGACUCGAGAGGAAAGUUAUUGCAAGUCAAUUCUGGUGCCAAGGAACAACUGUUUUUUGAAGCACCAAGAGGGAAAAGGCAUAUUAUAAGAAUUGCUGAGAUAGAGAAGAUUGAGUGGGACACCUGGACAUGUGUUCUGGGUCCUACUUGUGAAGGAAUUUGGCCCACGCACAGUGAUGUCACCGUUGUCAAUGCAGCUACUCUUACAAAAGAUGGAACACUAUUAGCUACGGGAGAUGACUUUGGUUUUGUGAAGCUUUUUUCAUAUCCAGUAAAGGGCCAACAUGCAAAAUUCAAGAAGUAUGUGGGUCACAGUGCACAGGUAACCAAUGUUCGGUGGUUACACAAUGAUUCUGUGCUGCUGACUGUAGGUGGUGCUGAUACAGCUUUAAUGAUCUGGACCAGAGAAUUUUUGGGCAUUCAGGAGAGUAAGCUGGUUGAUAGUGAAGAAUCAGACACAGAUGCAGAAGAAGAUGGAGGGUAUGAUAGUGAUGUUGCAAGAGAAAAAGCAAUUGACUAUACCACUAAGAUAUAUGCAGUAAGCAUCCGAGAAAUGGAAGGGACAAAACCACAUCAACAGCUGAAGGAAGUUUCAGUUGAAGAGAGAAGCGGGGUGCCAAUGAGAGGUGCUGCAGGAGCAGUCUCACGGUGUGGGAGCUCCAAGAGCAGUGCUCCCACACCGCGGGACCACUUGGUCAAUGGUGGGACUGUCUCAGACAAUCCAGGACAAUUGGGAUCAAGGCCGCCAGUUAGCAGAGCUGCUCCUCAACCUGAAAAACUGCAAAAGAACAAUAUCAACAAAAAAAAGAAACUGGUUGAGGAGCUGGCUUUAGACCAUGUUUUUGGAUACAGAGGAUUUGAUUGUCGCAACAACCUUCAUUACCUAAAUGAUGGUGCUGAUAUUAUUUUCCACACAGCUGCAGCAGGCAUAGUUCAAAAUCUUUCUACUGGUAGUCAGAGUUUCUACCUGGAGCAUACUGAUGACAUUCUCUGCCUAACUGUGAAUCAGCACCCAAAGUAUAAAAAUAUUGUGGCAACCAGCCAGAUCGGUGAUAUGACAGAAUUUACAGGGACAACUCCCACAAUUCAUAUAUGGGAUGCUAUGAGUAAGCAAACAAUUUCAAUGCUACGUUGCUUCCAUACCAAAGGGGUCAACUAUGUCAACUUCAGUGCAACUGGCAAACUUCUGGUUUCAGUGGGAGUUGAUCCGGAACAUACUAUCACAGUGUGGAGGUGGCAAGAAGGGACUAAAGUUGCUAGCAGGGGAGGACACCUGGAGAGGAUAUUUGUUGUAGAGUUCCGUCCAGAUUCAGACACUCAGUUUGUUUCUGUUGGGGUAAAACACAUGAAGUUCUGGACAUUAGCUGGCAGUGCUUUGCUUUAUAAGAAAGGAGUCAUUGGUUCCAUGGAAGACGCCAAAAUGCAAACCAUGCUUUCUGUUGCCUUCGGAGCAAAUAACCUUACAUUUACUGGUGCCAUAAAUGGAGAUGUCUACGUCUGGAAGGAUCAUUUUCUGAUUAGACUUGUGGCAAAAGCUCACACAGGGCCAGUGUUUACAAUGUACACAACUCUUCGGGAUGGACUCAUUGUUACAGGAGGCAAGGAGAGACCCACUAAAGAAGGGGGAGCUGUAAAGCUAUGGGAUCAAGAGAUGAAACGGUGCCGAGCAUUUCAGCUUGAGACAGGCCAGCUCAUCGAGUGCGUGCGCUCUGUCUGCAGAGGAAAAGGGAAAAUUUUAGUGGGAACAAAAGAUGGGGAAAUCCUUGAAGUAGGAGAAAAAAAUGCUGCUUCAAACUUGUUAAUUGACUGUCACAUGGAAGGGGAAAUUUGGGGCUUAGCAACUCACCCCUCAAAAGACAUAUUUAUCUCUGCAAGUAAUGAUGGAACAGCAAGAAUCUGGGACCUGUGUGACAAAAAACUGCUGAACAAAGUCAAUCUAGGCCAUCCAGCAAGAUGUGCUGCAUAUAGUCCUGAUGGUGAGAUGGUUGCAAUCGGCAUGAAGAAUGGAGAAUUUGUUAUUUUACUUGUUAACAGCCUUAAGGUUUGGGGCAAAAAGCGAGACAGGAAGUCUGCAAUUCAGGAUAUUAGGAUUAGCCCAGAUAACAGGUUUUUGGCCGUGGGUUCACAAGAACAUACUGUAGAUUUUUAUGAUCUCACCCAAGGUACAACCCUAAACCGAAUAGGCUACUGCAAAGACAUUGCAAGUUUUGUCAUCCAGAUGGAUUUUUCUGCAGACAGCAAGUACAUACAGGUAUCAACUGGUGCCUAUAAGCGUCAAGUUCAUGAGGUACCACUAGGAAAGCAAAUAACGGAUCCUGCCAUGAUAGAGAAGAUUACAUGGGCCACAUGGACAAGCAUCCUUGGAGACGAAGUCAUUGGAAUUUGGCCACGCAAUGCAGAUAAAGCAGAUGUCAACUGUGCAUGUGUGACCCACGCUGGCCUAAAUAUAGUCACAGGCGAUGAUUUUGGUCUGGUGAAACUGUUUGAUUUCCCAUGCACAGAAAAAUUUGCCAAACACAAGCGGUAUUUUGGGCAUUCUGCACAUGUUACCAACAUCCGCUUUUCUCACGAUGACAAGUACGUGAUAAGUACAGGAGGAGAUGACUGCAGUGUAUUUGUAUGGCGAUGUCUUUGAAAGGCAACUUUGGCUGCUGUUACUGCCACCACCAAAUGACAGCUCUAGACUGGACAGCCAUAAAUGCCUCUACCCUUCAGCUGCUGGAAUUUCCACAUGAUGCUGUGUGGAUUACGCCUUUUCGGAUUACUCGUGACUUUACUGACCCUGAAUGCGAUCUUGCAAUUCAAAGACCAACAUCCUUGAGCAGGAAGAUGAAGUUUGAAAGAGACAUGUUUUGUAAGAGGGGUAAGCUAAAGUGAACAGUUAACACCCUAAGCUGCUUUUGCCUAAUACUGUAUUCUUCAAAUCACGUCUGAAAAGGGAGGACAUAGAGGGCCCUUUAAUUUGCAUAAUUUCAAAAUACAUGGCUUAAAUGUUCACUCAAAGUGUUUUUACCACACCUGCUUAAAACUCAAAUUUAGUGCACUAAGUAAAGUCACAAGCUGUUAAUGAGCACACUGGGUUCAUGCUUCAGCUUUCAGAAAUUGGAGGCGUAAAGUAUAAUUUUUGUUUCCAUGUAUUUAUUAUUUAUUUGGCAAAAUUUUCUAUCCAUGAAGUGCCUUUGAACAAUAUUUCCAGUAGUCUGGGCUACAAUCUUGCCUCCCACCAAUGUCUGCUUUCAACAUAUGGUGCUAUAACUUUCACACAGAGGAGGGCUAACACUAACACUUUUCCAGACGUGUACUUACGUUAUCUAAAUCCCUGUUUAGUGCUUUGGUUUUCAAUACCUUCAGAAAUGAAUUCCAAAAUGUUUCCAAGAGCAGGAACCUAUGCAUCAUUAUGAGGAUAAAACUGGUGGUGUGACAUCUCUUGGUAAGCUAUACUCAAUUGGUUCAGAUGGUAGAUGGGCUGCAGCCAGAAUUUGAAGCUUAAUUCAAAGUGGGGACAGGAGCAGGUGAAGUAGAAAGUUUUUUUUU